AAUAAAUCAUUUGACCCCAAAAUGUUAUAUACAUGUGUAUAUGUAUGUACUAAAUAAAUAUUGCAAUCCGGCCAUAACAUAGAAUUAAAGCGUUGGACUACAUCUUAAGCAUGGUUGCUUCACACGAGCAGGCGAUUUUUUCCUUUUUGUUAAUUUUCUGGACGUGUAGCGUGCAUUCACAACAGGGUAUCGGUCAGACACCGAAACUCAUAGUCCGCAGACGAAUCUUGUUUCCAAACUGGAACAACAAAUUCGAAACGGGUGUAAAACAAAUUCAUGCAGACUCUUCGAUGAAGAAUUUCAAGAAUUUGGGACCUCUUGCUAGGGCUGUCAACGACCAACUUAAGACAAUGACCCCACGACUUCUGAAUAACCGUCGGGGCUUUUUAAACGAAAGAAGAAAUUUUUUGAAUUAUCGUAUAAUGGAGCCGUUUAACUCCUUGCAACAACCAUUCCAGUCUCUUUAUCCACAUGUUUUUGGCUACCAACGACAACCGCUGACCUUUGAGAAGAAUUCGAUUUCCAACGUUUACCAACAUUUUGUUCCAGCGACUUGGUCGAAUGCAAGAGCGGAUAUUUCCAAGUUUCGAACGUCUAAAUUUGGCCCAAAUGCAAGACUUAGCCAAGCCAUCAGAAAUAUACCUUUUGUUGCUGGUAGAACAGUUCAGAGACAAAGUCACACUAAUUGGCCAUUUAUCGUUGGAACCUUUGAUAAUCCAGAAAAUUUAAUUCGCAUUCCAUUUCAGAGAGAUUUCCUCACCCACAGUGAAAAUGGAAACCAGCUUAUGAAAGGCGUUGUUGGACCGCUAGAUUUGACCAAGAAUUUGCCAUUGAAGUAUCGACUUGGAGGUUCAAACAGUAACAGUUUGAACUUAGAAUCAAGAGCAGACGAUAGCCCUUUGGAUAAUGGCGUCGUCUUUGAGAACAGGUUCGAGAAACGCGGGCCUCUUCAACCGGGGGAAAGAGAGAGGGUUUACUACGAUGGGAAAAUCUUCAGAAGAACAAGAACUAAGAUCCGUGGAGACAUGAAUGACAAAAACCUGAGUUCGCUUCGUCAAGACUUUCAUAAGUUUUUGUCGUCUCCAUCUUACAUGUACACCAACUGAAAAACAGAGGAGCGCCCGAAACUUCGCCUUUGGCAGCCAUAUUGCAACGUGUCAGAUGUUGGUGACGUCACUUCAGCGCAACGUGUCAUAAGUGUCCAAUAUCAGCAUUAAAACUUGUAUGAAAUAAACAUGGAGUCGGUGUUUUUGUCCUGCGGUACCAAGACUUUAACAAUUUUAUACGUUUGAAAUAAAAUGGUUAUUUCUUUAAAAUCAACGUUUUUGCUGUCAAACUUUGGUUCAAUAAAUAUAUUUCAAAAAUUCA